AUGGCGUCCAUUAAAAAAGAAGUAUAUGUUAUUCCGCCUGGCUCCCGUGUUCUGGUCACUGGUGCCAAUGGAUUUAUUGGUGCACAUGUCGUUCAGGAACUCUUAUCUCUUGGAUACUUUGUGCGAGGAACAGUGCGUUCGCAGAAGCCAUGGCUCGAAGAACUUUUCAAAUCCAAAUUUGGACCCAACAGUUUCGAGUCGAUUGUUAUCCCAGACUUGAGCGGCUUUGACGCUUUGAGCGAAGCAAUGGGGGGUGUUAGAGGUGUCAUUCAUAUGGCAUCGGACGUUUCCUUUAGCCCGAAUGCUGAUGAGGUUAUUCCGAAAGUUGUUGCAGCUACUGAGAACAUUUUGGAAGCCGCCGCUAGGCAACCGGAAGGAUCAAUCCAGAGAGUGGUCCUCACUUCAUCGGCUUCAGCGGCAGCAUUACCACAACCGGGGGUGGAAGGGAUUGUGGUCACUGAAGACACGUGGAAUACAGCGACGGUGAAUGCUGCUUUUGAUGAAAACACCCCAGCGGACGCCAAGCCUUUCACGGUGUACGUUGCAUCUAAGACGGAGGGUGAACGAGCGGGGUGGAAGUGGGUUAAAAAUAACAAGCCGGCUUUUGUGUUUAACUCGGUCUUGCCCUAUUACACUGUGAAAUUCGUCGACGUUGUAGACCUCGCGCGCGUGCAUGUCGUUGGUCUUCUUCAUCCCGAAGUCAAGUCUGAACGUCUGUUUGCUUUCACCUCGGCUUUUACUUGGAAGGAAUUCGUCAACAUUCUACAAAAAGUCCGUCCAGGUAAUGCAGGAAUUCCAAAUCCGAGCUCCGAGACCUAA